AUGACAUUGGCUUUUAGUUACGAAUUACCGCCAUGUAAGGUUGAUACCAUCAAAAAAAUUCAGAACCAAAGAAAAAUACCAAAAAAUCAUGUACAAAUAGAAGAAAGAAAUUUUUCUGGUGCUUUGGGAUUAAGUCUCUUCUUAUAA